AUGCAGCUCUAUCGCUCUAUAAGUGGUUCCGUCUCCAAGACAUGGAAUUCUAUCAACCCGGCCACCCUUAGCGGGGCUAUUGAUGUAAUUGUCAUAGAGCAAGAAGAUGGCACCCUCGCUUGUUCGCCCUUUCAUGUCCGGUUUGGCAAGUUUUCGCUCUUGCGUCCAUUUGAGAAAAAGGUGGAAUUCAAGGUGAAUGGCAUAAAACAAGAAUAUGCCAUGAAACUGGGGGAAGGGGGUGAGGCAUUCUUUGUCUUUGAAACGACCGAUGACAUCCCCGCAUCCUUGCAGACCUCGCCGUUGGUGUCUCCAGCAGCCAGCCCGAGAGCUCAGAGCGAACCAGAUAUUCUCCCUUCGCUGCAGGAACCAGAUUACCUUGACCUUGACCUGGACAAAGGAAAUGGGGAUGCAUUGUCAGAAGGCGCAAAGACCCCACCGGCGAUGGCGAUGCCAUCGAACAAGCUACGUGCAAACACGGAUUUAGGGACAAUAACACCCUUAUCACGAUCUCCAGACGAAUCGGACGUGGCCCGUUCACAGCAUGGCUCCUUGAGCAAUAAGCCGCCAUUUGAUCACACACUGUCGGACAAUGUGCUUUCAACCAGCUCUCCUCAACACUUUCUGUCCGGUCAAUCUGCACAUGGGAGUGAUGAACCCCAUGAUAUUGAUAUCGAGGGCGAAACACAACACCGCUCUCGCAGCCCUCCUCUGUCUCCCGAGGAAGCGGUGUCUCGUGCCAUUUCGCUGUCAAAGAAGCUGUCUGGUUCCAAUAUUCCAUCACAUGUGACCGAGACUGGAGACCUGAUGUUGGAUAUGACUGGCUACAAGAGCAACGAAGAAGAUGCCCUCCGCGCGGAGGUUGUUGCGCGCAAGAUUCUUGCGGAAGAGCUUGAAGGAAGCUAUGAUAUCGGUGCACUGAUUGGAGCCGAUGAACACGGCAACCUGUGGAUAUACAGCAGCGAAGAGUCCAAAGAACUAGCUGAUCGGAGAGCCACUCUUCACUCCAUGCGGCCGAAUAUGGGAAUGAGCGAUGAUGCUCUCUCCGACCCAGGAUACCACAGUGAAGGCGAACACGCUGUCUUGGAGCCAUCGUUGGUUACGCGCCAUCAUCGAACCAAAUCAGAUGUCCAGCCCGGCUUUCCUACACCCCCUGACUCACCCUUGCAUGAUUCCUUCCCCGUCGAAACCCGCAACUAUGCCAAGACACUCCGCUUGACAAGUGAUCAACUCAAGGCCUUGGAACUGAAGGCCGGCGCCAACACAAUGUCUUUCAGCGUCAACAGAGCAAUUUGCACUGCGAACAUGUAUCUGUGGAAUGGCAACACCCCGAUCGUGAUUUCUGAUAUUGAUGGAACUAUCACUAAGUCGGAUGCGUUGGGACAUGUUCUCAAUAUGAUCGGACGAGAUUGGACGCACGCGGGAGUCGCCAAGUUGUACACAGACAUUGCCAACAAUGGGUACAAUAUCAUGUAUCUUACGAGUCGGUCUGUCGGCCAGACAGAUACCACACGGGCGUAUCUUCACGGCAUUUGCCAAGAUGGAUACAGACUACCAAGAGGUCCAGUGAUCUGCAGCCCCGAUCGCACGAUGGCCGCACUGCGGCGGGAAAUCUACCUGAGAAAACCCGAAGUUUUCAAGAUGGCAUGCCUGCGGGAUAUUCUUAAUCUCUUCUGCGGCAAAGAGAAUCCCUUCUAUGCUGGCUUUGGAAAUCGGUUGACUGACGCAUUGAGUUAUCGUUCUGUGAACAUUCCUUCUACCCGGAUUUUCACAAUCAACUCUAACGCUGAAGUGUCUCUGGAUCUGCUUAGUCUCAACAAGUACAAGAGCAGUUAUGUGACGAUGCAAGAGCUACUCGACCAUUUCUUCCCACCAACCACCCUUCUUGUGCAUGACGGUGGCGAGGAAUAUACGGACUUCACUUACUGGAGAAACACACCGCAUGAACUCGCAGACUUCUCGACAACAGACAGCGAGGAGGAAGAUGAAGAUGAAGGUGAAGACGAAGACGAAGACGAGGAAGAUGUCGAUGAAGACCUGGCCGAAGAAGACGAAGAUGGUGAUGAUGAAGACUACGAUGAAGAUUUGAGCGAGGGUGAAGGCAGCGAGUACCUUGACGAGGCUGAGUUGACCGAGGGGGAUCUCGCCGCAAGCUACAUGUCGCAGGACUCGGUUGCCUUGUCCAACCCAGCAGGCUCAAUACUUGAGUCGGUGGAAGGGGCUAUCGGUGAAGAGGAACUGUCUCCCGUUGCCGAGAAACCACAAGAAGCAACUGAGCCGAGCACAACCUCUCUUCCCAUCCGGCCCAAGAUGCCUCAGAAUCUUUGA